UCCGAUAGGUAUAACUGGAAGCAGCGUGGUCAAGGGCACCGGCUGAGCGAGACAGAUAGCAAGGAAGCAGCAAGGAGAGGAACCUCGUGUCUAAGCCAGAGGCUUAUUAAAGAAGAAGACUGUCAUUUUGAGCUGUGUUGAAGAGAAGUUUGAAGCAGCAAUGGACCAGGCAAGGUCAACAAUAUCCAAAAUUUUUAAUGGAGAGCCACACUCCUACACGCGUUUCAACCUGACCCAGAACAUGGAAGGCGAUAACAGCCAGGUGGAGAUGAAGCUGUCAUCCGACAUGGAUGAAGAGGUCGGGGAAAACGGUGUGGGAGACAACCGUAAUCACAACUCCAACCGUAAACCUUACGUGGCUCAAAAGCUUGGACGCACACCGAAGAACCUCUGCUUCAUGGCCGCCGCUACCCUCCUCAUCUUUAUCAUCGGGUACUUGCUUGGCUACCUGGUUCAUCGGAAGAAGGACUUGGCUCCCACCUGUGCAGCCUCCGUGGUUCGUUUAGAUGAAGAUGUUGCCCAUGAGACGGGUGCUGCAUCCCUCAUGGACUGGGAUGAUGUCAAAAAGCUUCUCGCUCAAAAAGUCACUGCUGCCAAUUUUGAACCGGUCUUUCGUGAGUUUUCCAGUGCCAACCACCGGGCUGGUUCUCCAGAGGAUGAUGCUCUGGGGAACAAGGUGGUCAAGAAGUUCAAAGAGUAUGGCAUGAAAACCUGGACCGAUGAGCACUUUGUCAAGGUUCAGGACCCCCCAACUUCUGGCUCCAACAGAGUUGUUUUCAAGAAUGGGAAUGCUAUGCGUCCAGAGGGAUUCCUGUCCUACAGUGCCACUGGACAAGUAACGGGUGCUGCCUUGUAUGCAUAUUAUGGGCAGGAAAGCGACUUGAGGUUGCUGCGGGAUAGAAGCAUCAACAUGACUGGCAGGGUCAUGCUGGUCAGAGCUGGUAGGAUCAGCUUAGCUGAGAAGGUAGCAAAUGCUGCCAAAAUGGGUGCCUCUGCUGUGUUGAUCUACCCAGACGUCGCUGAUUACUUGAAUUUAGACUCAGUUCAGCUUUUUGGACAUGUCCACAUGGGUUCAGGGGAUCCCUACACCCCAGGCUUCCCCUCCUUCAACCACACCCAGUUUCCACCUGUCCAGUCUUCAGGCCUCCCAAAAAUCUUGGCUCAGACAAUCACAAAAGAUAUGGCUACCAAAAUUCUAAAGCAGCUCGGGGGUCAGGAUGUGCCGACAGAGUGGGGAGGCCUCAACAAAUUUGGAGAAGAGGGCGAUAAUAUUACUGUGGAGGUCAACAACAUUCUUACUGAGAAAAAGAUAAAUAAUGUCUUUGGGGUAAUCAAAGGCUUUGUGGAUGCAGAUCGAUAUGUGGUUAUUGGUGCCCAGAGGGAUGCAUGGGGUCCAGGUUUUGCUGCAUCUACCGUCGGAACCAGCGUCCUCGUUGAGCUUGCACGUUCCAUUUCAGAUAUGGUGAAGAACGACGGAUUCAAACCAAGGAGAAGCAUUGUGUUCGCUAGCUGGAGUGCUGGAGAAUAUGGGAGUGUUGGCGCCACAGAGUGGCUGGAGGGUUAUGUAUCCUCAUUGAGCAUGAAAGCCUUCUCCUACAUUAACCUGGAUGGCGUUGUAACAGGUCAAAAAGGAUUUAAAGUGGCAGCCAGUCCCUUGAUGCACAGCUUGAUUGAGAGCACUAUGAACGAGGUGAACUCCCCAAACAAUGCUGGGACUCUCUUUUCUCGAUUUGCAAAGGGCAACUUGGAAUCAGAUGUGUUGGUGCCUCUGAAGUUGGAUAAUGCUGCUUAUCCCUUCCUUACCUUUUCUGGCAUUCCCUCAGUAUCAUUUGGAUUCACCUCUGAUAACUCGUACUACACGUUCGUUGGCACAAAGUUGGACACCCGGGAGAAACUGAACCUGGCCACAGGCAACCAGGUUUCUCAGCUGGCUGAAAUAGCAACCCGGUUUGCUGGUCAUAUGGCGCUGAGGCUGGUACAUGAUCAUCUGCUGCGGAUGGAUGUGAUGAAAUACGACAAGAUUAUACGUACUCGCGUGGCUCAGAUCAACGUGAAAGUCAAUGCUGUUCAGAGAAUGCAGCCCAAGCGGUUGCCCAAGGACCUGACGAUGCAGUGGUUGAUGUCGGCCUCGGGCUCCUACAGUCGCGCCUCUCGCAACCUGGCGGCAGACAUCCAGAACAGUGACCUGGAGGACAUCGAGAUGUGCCGUAUCAUUAACGACCGCAUAAUGGCGGUGGAAAAGAACUUCCUGUCGCCCUUUGUCUCUCCCAGAGAGAAUCCUUUCCGCCACAUCCUGUUGGGCUCCGGAUCUCACUCUCUCAAGGCUCUGUCUGACCACCUGGACGCCCUCAGGACGGACAACCCCGAGGCAGACGCCAACCUGUUCCGCAACCAGUUUGCCUUGGCAACCUGGACCAUUCAGGGCUGUGCCAACUCACUAGCAGGGGAUGUCUGGUCUUUGGAUAAUGAAAUCUAAAAAUGAAUUUCCCCCUCCUCACUUGUUUAUAAUUUGGCCCUCUUAUCACAACUGGCAGUGAUCAUUAACCAACAGUCACAGAUGCACAGCUUUAUAAGUUAAUUUAUACAGAUUGAGGAAAUGGGCUGGAGCCGUUACUAAACAGAUAUUGCAGUUAUCAACAUUGCUUCCCUAAUUUUUAACAUUUGAGUGAUGAGCUCAUCUUCCUUAUUUCUGCAAUACUCAAUAAAGAAAAACAUUGAUAGAAAUGCACUUAAGCAAAGGGUUGACCUCAAAGUUUAGAGGGUUCUUUUUUUUGUCCACUUUGGAAAGACAAAAACCUUCAAUUUUUUACAUGUGGUAUUUAAAUACUGCAUUCAGAUUACUUUGGUGCUAGUAGCAACUACACGGCCAUGUUAUGUGGCAGUGCUACUUAAAUUAUUGUUACCCUAGUUGAAUGCCUUUUCAGCACAGUAUCAGGUCAUAAUCACAGGUAAGGCUGUUGGCAACCUCAGAGAUGGAUAGAACAGGAAAGCCGAUAGGGUACGAUAUUAUAAGCGGAUGACUUUCCAUCUGUUUACCAUAAUUAUUACAAAUCAAAACUGCUGGUAUUUCCACUGCUGCUCUAGCCUUGUGUUCAAACCUGAGCUGGCUUGUAUUGGUAGCUAUAAUUCAAAACAGUGCUGAAAUCUGCUACUCAACUCAUUGUCAGGGAUUCAGAUGUCCCUACAAAAGGACUGACAAUGAAUUAAAAAAUAACAUAGGUGUGUUCUGUGCCAACACAACUAGAAAUAGAUUUUGGGCAGUCAGCUGUUGUUACUUGGCAUUGUUUAACACUUGUGCUGCAUUAAUCCUUUAAGAACGGCCCUGAUUAAAUGCAACAAGUUAAAAAAAAGAAAU